AUUUCCCGGGGUUUUGGAGGGCAAUGGUGCAUCACAAGAUCAUUCGGCGCGCUGCCAAGACGGCAUUGGGGAGUCACCAUGGCGGAUCGGGCGUGUGGGAGCGGCGGCUGUGUGAUCGCGCAAUCUAUGGCUCCGGGAACAAGGAGAACGCUUUCUCUUGUGACCAGAGACAUUGCUACAGUAGUUUUGCUCGUGCUUAUAACAAUGCUGGCUUCACAGGAUUUGGAUUUAGCUUCAAUGCUCGAGGAUUCCACUCUACAGCCUUGAGGAACGAUUACUAUGAUGCUCUGGGUGUUUCCAAGACGGCAAGCGCUGCCGAUGUGAAAAAGGCUUACUAUGCGCUUGCUAAGAAACAUCACCCUGACGUGAACAAGGAGGAUCCAGAUGCCGAGAAGAAGUUUCAGGAGGUUCAACAAGCAUACGAAGUUCUUAAGGACGAUGAAAAGCGGAAUCUGUAUGACCAGCUCGGGCAUGAGGCUUAUGUUCAACGAGCUGAUGGAGUACCGCCUGGUCCUGGUGCCGGAUUUGGCUCCGUAUUCGACAUGUUUACUGGCGGUGGUCGUGGUGCUAACAUGGAAGACAUCUUCAGUACAGUCUUUGGUGGGAAGAAAAACACAUACGAAAAUGUGUAUAUUGAUUUCAUGGAAGCGGUAAACGGUUGCGCAAGAAAAAUCACAUACCGCACGCAAAUACGCUGCGACAAGUGCAGGGGCUCUGGUGUUCCAAGCGGAGUAAAGCCGCAGAUGUGUAAGUCGUGCAGGGGUGCUGGGAGGGUUUUCAUGCAAAAGGGAUUCUUUUCGUUCGAGUCAAGUUGCACGAAUUGCAGAGGAACAGGAGAAUAUGUAAAGGAGCAUUGCAACGGGUGUCAGGGCUCCGGCGUCGUUAUGGGUGUCAAGGAAGUCUUUAUCGAUAUUCCUGCUGGUGUUGAGAGUGGGACGGACAUAAAAGUUGUUGGCGAGGGAGCUUGUGGUGCUCGGGGCCAAAGAGCCGCAGAUCUUAUUGUUAGAGUGGAGGUCAAGCCUGAUCCAGUUUUCCGGAGAGAGGGUGCUGAUGUUCACGUCGAUGCUCCAGUCACCAUGAUCCAGGCUGCCUUGGGUGGAAAUGUCCAAGUGCCUACAUUGGGAGGAUCAGUCAUGCUAAAGGUUAGGCCAGGCACUCAACCCGGGCAAAAACAAGUGAUGAGAGGAAAAGGCAUGAGAAUGGUUCAACGUCCUGGUUAUGGCGAUCAGUACGUCCAUUUCCGUGUGAGCAUCCCAGUAACCAUGAGCGAUAGGCAGCGGCAACUUUUGGAGGAAUUUGCCAGGGAAGAAUCUCCUAACGAGGACGAGGCUGCCACGGCCGAAGCCAGCUUUUGAGAGCGCACAAGCGGCACUAAAACCAAUUUUUCGGAAGCAGUGCAUUAUUCAGCCUAGAAUCGAAUGUCUUUAGUGUCGUCAAAAGAGAGAUUUUUAGGCACA